AGGGGGUAAAAGGGAGUGGAGUGCGCGGUUGUCCGGGGCGGCCAUUGCGGGUACAUUGUGCGAAACCGCGAAUGCAAUUGAGUGCUGUGUGUCAGACGAGUGAAAUCCAAGAAAAUCAAAAAUCGUCCCGAGAGGAAGGUGAUACGUGCGAAGCCCGGGACGCGCACAAAACCCCGGCCCGAUGGCUGAAUCCGACAAACUGAAUAUUGACAACAUCAUAGCUCGGCUCUUGGAAGUGCGGGGAGCCAGGCCAGGCAAAAAUGUACAGUUGACAGAAGGAGAAAUAAGAGGGCUCUGUCUAAAGUCACGCGAAAUUUUUUUAUCUCAACCUAUUCUAUUAGAGCUUGAGGCACCGCUUAAAAUAUGUGGUGAUAUUCAUGGACAAUACUAUGAUUUACUGCGGCUAUUCGAAUACGGUGGGUUUCCACCGGAUAGCAAUUAUCUUUUUCUAGGAGACUAUGUCGAUAGAGGGAAACAGUCCUUGGAAACAAUUUGUCUUCUGCUUGCCUAUAAAAUCAAGUAUCCUGAAAACUUUUUUCUACUUCGUGGAAAUCAUGAAUGCGCAUCCAUCAACAGGAUAUAUGGAUUUUAUGAUGAAUGUAAACGUCGAUACAAUAUCAAACUAUGGAAAACAUUUACGGACUGUUUCAACUGUUUACCCGUUGCCGCUAUAGUUGACGAAAAAAUAUUUUGUUGUCACGGUGGUCUCAGUCCGGAUCUCCAAAGCAUGGAACAAAUCAGACGUAUUAUGCGACCAACGGAUGUACCUGAUCAAGGUUUAUUAUGCGAUUUAUUGUGGUCGGAUCCAGACAAAGACACGAUGGGUUGGGGAGAAAAUGAUCGUGGUGUAUCGUUUACAUUCGGAGCCGAAGUUGUUGCCAAAUUUUUACAUAAGCACGACUUUGACCUCAUAUGUCGCGCUCAUCAGGUGGUAGAAGAUGGCUAUGAAUUCUUCGCGAAAAGGCAAUUAGUCACUCUAUUUUCGGCACCAAAUUACUGUGGCGAAUUCGACAAUGCUGGAGCCAUGAUGUCCGUGGAUGAUACUCUCAUGUGCAGUUUCCAAAUUCUAAAGCCAGCUGACAAAAAGAAAUUAACGUACGGUGGCCUGAACGCAGGUAGACCAGUGACGCCCCCGCGAGGUGGAAAUAACAAAAGCAAGAAGAAGUGAAAUCCUUAGAUUUGUUUUUUCACCCCUUCCCCCCUUAUUUGAACGCAAAGCUUAUAACUUCGGAACAACUUCCUCGAAUACCCAUCAUCUUUUAAAACAUUAAGUUUUUGUAAGAGCAAAGAUGUUAUUGUUAUUGUUAUUAUUUUACCUAAUAUCGCUACUAUUAUUGUCAUCUAUUCCCAUAUUAUACACGAAUUUAUCGUAAA